UUUUUGUUAAGAUGUUAAGUGAAUACAAAAGCGAUUACUCGCCCGAGAACUGAGAAGCCCAAAAAAGAUGGUGAGAGUUCACGUCAAACCUGGCGACGAUUCCGGCGGGAACGAGUUUCUCUAUGAGUGUCAGAGCAACUUGUUGAUCGAAGAAGUUACUUCGGAAGUCGUUCAAAUUUUCAAUCUCCAAUCUCAAAUCCAUCGGCUUGUUUCAGAACUCCAACCCCGUCUACUUCCCUUUUAUGGCGAUCCCAAAGCUACACCUCUUUUGAGAGCUUUAUCAGAAGCAAAGUCGUACGCGUCUAAGGACAUGGUUAUCCACAAUAGGCCUUUAUCAUAUCUUGUGUUGAGACACCAUUUUGAAACUAUUGAAAGGGAAUUGGCUGCAAAGUUUGAUUUAUUGGGUGUUUCUGGUUCCACUCACUAUCAACAACUUUUAUCUGAUGUGGGACUUCUUAGUGAGGAUACGACUCAGCUAAAAUUAGCAGGAAAAGAGCUUAUGAGGGAGAAACAACUCAGUGAUUACGUUGGAAGAAAUGAGAAAACUAAGAUCGUUCUCAAACUACAACCAAAAAUCAUGCCCCCGAGUUGAAUACUGGUAUUUCAAAGAUGUCGACAUACGAGAGCAAUGUGCUUGAAGGCGUUCUAUAAAGCCAGAGUACCUCUCUGCAUCCCUCACAUGGUGUAGUCUAAAUCUCUGCUUGUUAGAUGGAAUUGAUGGAAAAAUUGCUUUCUAGUUCUACAACUCUUAGUUGGCUCAUGUAUUGUCAUAAAUCAGAUUGGAUUUUGGAUCCUUUUAUCAUUCUGUAAUCGCUGCUCUGAUGAAUUUAUUA